AGAGAGAGAGAGAGGGAGAGAGAGAGAAACAGAAGAGAGCGGAGAAUUUAAACGCAGUCGAGAAGACAAGUUAACCCGGAAAUGUUGGGUGCGGGCGAAAUGACGGAAUCCCGGGUGAGACGUUCUAAAAUCUCGUGAUCGGUGCCAGCGUCCGGCUACGGAGAUAAGGUCGACCACCGUAGAUCGACCGCGAUGGAGGCGAGAACGGACGAGUCGGUCGUCAAGUCGAUCCUUCGUAACCUCUCGCUGACCCGCGAGCACCGACACCCGGACGAGCCGCACGGAGGAACGGCCGACGCCGUCGAUGACGCCUCCACGACCGCGCGGGAGGAGAAGAUGGUGGGCCUUCUGGGCGACAUUCUCACGACGAGCGACAGCGGCGCCGACGGCAGCGAGUCGAGCUGGUUCGACGACUCGACGACCGCUGCCGCCGUCACGAGCCUGUCAUCGGCCUCCUCGUCCUUCGCGGAGUCCUCGUCCUCGUACUCCACGCCGGGCACGGACAAUUACACCGGCAGCGUGACCGACCUCUUCGUCUUCGAGGAUCUGAGCGACUACAUCAACCAACUGAACUACAGCGUCUUGGUGAACCUGACGGCCUACUACGACGAGGGAUUGAAUCUCAGCAACGUGAACUGCACGUCGUCGAUAGUCGCCGGCGCGGGUGACAUCAGGCCGGGCGAGUGCGACGCGACCGUCGACAAGUCGAACGCGAACAGCUGGUGGGCCCUGAUACUCGUGAUCGUGCCGUGUUUGACGCUCUUCGGUAACGUGCUCGUCAUUCUGGCGGUGGUGAAGGAGCGGGCGCUGCAGACUGUCACCAACUACUUCAUCGUCAGCUUAGCGGUCGCCGAUCUGCUUGUGGCGGUGCUCGUUAUGCCGUUCGCGGUCUACGUACUGGUGAACGGAUCCUGGAGUUUACCUGGGUUUGUUUGUGACUUUUAUAUCGCGAUGGAUGUGACUUGCAGUACCAGCUCUAUAUUCAACCUCGUGGCUAUUUCAAUAGACAGAUACAUAGCGGUGACCCAGCCGAUAAAGUACGCGAGGCACAAGAACAAUAGAAGAGUAUGGUUGACGAUACUGUUGGUUUGGGUGAUAUCGGCCGCGAUCGGCAGUCCGAUUGUCCUAGGCUUGAAUAACACCUCCGACCGGAUACCGGACCAAUGUCUGUUCUACAAUACGGAUUUUAUCAUCUACUCGAGUCUGUCCAGCUUCUACAUACCCUGCAUCAUCAUGGUAUUUCUCUACUACAAUAUAUUCAAGGCAUUGCGAAACAGAGCGAAGCGGGCUCGUGCCAGCAGAAAACCGAAUUUAGGCGAUAUAAAACCGGGGAGCAUAAUCGAGAAUAUCGCACACACGCGCAGUGGGUAUUCUGUGGCAAGGUUCGCGGAAACGGCGCUGGGGGCGGCCGCCCUGGUGGCACCUGGGAUCGAGGAACCAACAAACACCGCUUCCGGCAGCAACGAGGAUGAGGACGAGACGCCUCUUGAUCCCGUCGUCGUCAUCUCCAACGACAAGAGCACGGAAUUCUUUUUAGCGACGGUCGUCGAGGAAGCAGCUUGUCGUUUCAGUGCGGUGGCGCAAGCCCAACUGAGCGGCGGGGGGGCACCCCACGUGCAGCGGAGCGACUCUGCUGGCUACGACGGCGCGGCAAGCAGCACGAUGAUCCAUGAGCCGCUCGAGACGAAUUCCAGCCCGAGCCCGAACCCACGGAUCACCUCGGGCCCGCCGUCCUCGUCGACCUCGUCGUCGCCGCCGCCGCCACGUGGGACGACCAGCGUCACUUCGUCCACGCAGACGAAAAAGAACGGCGCGAACAACGGCGGCGCGAAUAAACAGGAACUAAAGAGAAUGAAGAGCGCGGGUUCGCUUCUGCCGUUACAGUUAUCCAGGACACCGAGCGUACUGUCGUCCACGUGUAAAAAGGAUCGGAAAAACGCGUCGGCCGGGUCAAGGUUCACGAUAUACAAGGCCAACAAGGCCAGCAAGAAGAAGCGGGAAAAGAGCUCGGCGAAGAAGGAGCGCAAGGCCACGAAGACGCUGGCUAUCGUGUUAGGUGUCUUUCUGAUAUGCUGGGUACCCUUCUUCACUUGCAACAUCAUGGAUGCGAUCUGCACAAAGCUGACGAAGGCUUGUCAGCCCGGCGUCACAGCCUUCAUCGUCACUUCCUGGCUGGGCUACAUGAACAGCUUUGUAAAUCCCGUAAUAUACACUGUGUUCAACCCCGAAUUCCGUAAGGCCUUCCGCAAGCUGAUCAGCGUGUAAACGAGAGUGCGAUUUGACUUCCCCCUCCCUCAUAAGGAAGAGACACGGGACAACAAACGUGACUCACCGGUGUGAAUCAUCGUAUUUGUGAUGUAACAACGAGACUGUAGGCUCUCGACAUUCUCGCAACAGGUACUGUUGUUCUUGCAUUUGGAACCGCAACAGCUGCGUUUGCGUAUCGGUUUUCGCGUUCCAUUGCGCGUCAAUCGUUUCCAAGUGAAAGAGAAAAGCCGAGUCUUACGGAACGUUUCCCAUUUUUCUAGAAAUUCAGGAAACGUGCUCGAUGAUACGGAAAGAAGGGCUUUGUUUUCAAUGGGCGUUAUAGGGGCCACCGAUACGUUCAAAAAACAAUUUACAGCAGUCACAAGAAAUAUAAGAAAAAUAAUAGAAAUAAAAAUAGUAUUUUUAUUUCUAUUUUUAUUGUGCUUUAAAAAAGCAAUCAAUUUUCUAAAUUCUUGUCACUUGGAAUGGAUAAAUGUACGUUAUUAAAAAUACGAAAUUUUUAUUCGUUGUUAUCAUUAUCAUGUUAAAUGGAGAAUAAAGAUAUUUCGCGAAAAGAAGACUGUAUUUCACUUGGUUGAGAUUGGCACGCAAUCCGAAUUAGAAUAAAAAAAUCAGCUGUAAAUUUGUUGCUAUCGGAUGCAGCAACGAUUCAUCGCGUCCACAUCGCGUGCACUAUGAUAACGAAUUAUGGGGACAGGCUGGAAUACAUGUGUACCGACGAUAGAGCUAAAUAUUCUCGCAUGAGUAGCUCAAAUAAUUGCUAAGUGAGAUUCCGCGAAACAGAACACCGCGUCGAUCAAUCCGCGCGGCGCCGUCGUAUCGCGCGUAUUAGCGGGAAAUUUAGGGUAAUCUGUACAAAUCGCAAGCGACAAGUGUUUAAUGAUGUCCUGAGGACUCGUUAGAGAGGCUAGUCGUUAAAGUAUAAUAAUCGCGUUCGUAAGAGGGCGGAUAUUCCUCGACGAUAUAAUUUAAAUUCGCGAAAGCGGGUAAUAAAUGAGAUUUCCGAGAGCGCGCGGAGGGUUAAAGCUGUUAGAGGUGUAUUUAUUAUGCGAGCAUAUAUUACACGUACACACUAUACGUCUCCGUGGAUAAUUAAGUACGCUAUCACAGUAUUAACGUAGAACGUAAGGUAUAGCAAUAUUUUUUCGCUCAAAGCAAAGGCAAGCGAGACCGCCGUUUGUACGACGAUACAUAAGAACACGCUAUACAUACUCGCGCGUCGCGGUGUAACUGUAUGUAUAUUUGUACUACGGUGCACACACACACACACACACACCAAACACAUACACACAUCAUACACACACACCAGAGGAAAUUAUACAUACCUGACAUAGUGAACUUGCGCCGUUCCUUCCACGAUAUACAGGGUGACCCGAGCGCGGGGCGGAAGCUUUAGAAUAACACAGAGGAAGAUUAAUUUUUGAGAAUAGUGUACACACACCGUGUACUCUCGAACGCUCUUAAAUAUGUUAUUAAUAUUGAAGAAUAAUUAAUUUAUUGAAGCCCGUAAAUUGUAAAGAUCGUGAAUAAGCUAUUUUCUGAGCAUCACAGUAUUUGAAAGGAAAAAAUGGUUGAUUUUAUUUUUUGGAAUUAACAAUUCUUAUUUUUGCGAGCACUUGUCAGAGAAUUUGCUGUUAAAUCGCUUUUUGGAAGAGUUUCUGGUGUCUUGAAAAAUUCAAAUUAGUCGAUAUUUACAUAUUUGAGUAUCUCAGGUUUUCUCAAUUUAACGCUUCUCUGAUACUACUGCAGUUUUAGUUCAUAAUGAUAAGACUUCUCAAUGUUUAGGCAAUCUUGUUAAAAUCAUUAACACAUUAACUUGUAACAUAUAAAUCGCUUAAAAGAAAAUGCUUCCAACUUUCGGAGAAAAUCUUUAAAAUUAAGAAUGUGAA